GACACUACAUAGAACAAUGGACGACUCCCCAGUCGAUCUUGGUGCCAGGGAUCCCAAUUCCCUCAAUGGCGAUGUACAGGUUCUAUUUGAAGAUGUUUUGGGAGAACCAGAGGGCGCCCAUAGCAUCGACUGUGUCUGGAGCAACAGUUACAAAUGCUUCACCUGUGGGAAGAACUGUUGCUACAAGUUCAUGAGUACCCUGUGUGGGAUUUGUAUUGCGCUGUACUGGGGAUGUGAGUUCGCCAUGAUCACGUUCGAGAUGGUAUGGUGCUGUACACCUGCUCUCAAAGUCCAUUCCAUCAUGCUCGGAAUUUGUCAACGUUUCUUCGGAUCAUGCAUCCAGUGUUGUCUGGCUCCUCUCUGUGAAACUAUCGGGUUGUGUUUAAGUAACAUUACUAUAAAUAAAAAAUGAUUCCACAAUAGUUGCUGAAAUGCCACAUUGUAUAUUGAAGUGGUUUACUGGUAGACUUUAUGAAAGUAAGUAAUACUGAUACGACACUCUAAAUCAGACAGCUUCAAUGAUAUGUUCUGAUUCUUUGAGAUGUCCUGAGAAAUCAUACUCUUGAGGACGCACAUGACUGUCGGGAACAAAACUUCUAACGUGAAAUCUGUAAUAUAGUACAUUUAUUUCUCAAGUUUGUAUUGUAUUAUCUGUUAAUACCGAACAAUUUAAUUCUAUAUUUUGUAAUAAAUUAUUUUCA